AUGGCUCGAACGAAGCAAACAGCUCGAUUGAGCAACUACGGGAGAGCACCAAGCCGUUCGUCUCAUAAGCGCUCUACGGUAGUUGCUGACGUAUGGGCUAUCACCGAGAUCGCCGAGAACAUAUUGGCUCGGUUGCCCAUGAAGGACCUCCUCUUGGUUCAACGAGUCUCCACAGGCUGGAGAGAGCUGAUCAGAAGCUCACCAGUCCUGCAGGAACUUCUUUUCAUGCGGCCAAGGGGGUCUGAAGGAACACAGAAGGUUUGGUCCGACGGCGUACCGAUACGCGAAUUCAACCCGCUCCUCAUUAAGCACAUGCCUAUGUGGUUUCCAAAAGAUGAAGGCGUAUGGCGUCAAAGCGUCAAAGAUGCGCCAUGGGCCCAGACGGUUUCAAGGCUUGUAUUUCUUCGUCGAGAUGCGAGUUGGCGCCGUAUGCUCCUGGCACAGCCACCCUUUACCGUAUUCGAAAGCGUCCAGCGGGUGCAUAUCAGGGGUGGCGAUAGCCUGUCAGUUGGCAGCGUUGAGCAGCAACAUGGCGUUCGCAUGGGUCUGGCCUACGACAGAGCUGUGCAAUCCGUCCAGGGUGGGUAUGGAACAACCCUUCCCAACCAUUUCUAUACUCUCAUGGAUGGAAGGGUCGACUAUGAUGCUCAAGGUUCGAACGUGCACGAUGACUUGGAGACGUCAAAAAGAAUAUUCGGGGGUACAAACAAAUUCACGUUGUUCUCUGAGACGACUCGGGGGUGUAUGGCGCCAGGAUAUGAAAGCGUAAUCAGAGAUCGACUGGAACAACGCCAAUUUACCAGCGCAGGAUCUGAGUCUGUCGAGAUUGUGCUUCAUAGGGUCGAACGGGCUCCAGGAGAAUGUUAUUCAUGGUGGACUAAAGAUGGCUAUAGAGAAAGUUAA